AGAUAGAUGCAAUUCUGACAAAAAUACACCUUCUACUCUACCUUGCCCCUGUAUCAAGAACAAGUUGGAGUUGCACUGAACUCAACUGGCCGUAAAAACGCCGGCGGAGGAUGCGACCUGCGGCCGCGAUAUCUGCCACCGCUACUGCAAAAGACAACACAUCAACGCUCUAAAGCUGUUCCAUUGACACCAUAGAUGAUUGAAGAAUGACUCUAACGAAACGGUAUGUGCUGAGAUUGUUCAUAUCAAUAAAGUACAUUACUGCAAACGUUGUAGAUCGAAACAGUGGAAGAAUAGUAGCAACAUCAUCCACUGCAGAACACGACAUCAAGCAGUCCUUGGAGUGUGCCAGGUCCUGCAAUGCAAAAGCAGCUGCUGUUGUUGGGGAGGUAUUGGCCAGGCGACUCAAGGUUGAGGGGCUUAAUGAAGGAGAAGGAAGAGGUAUUCAUGUUAAUGUAACUAAGGAAGUAGAAAAGAAAGGAUUUAAGAGCCAAACCAAGAUUUGGGCUGUGGUAAAUGCUCUUAAAUACAAUGGAGUUAAACUUGUCCUUGAUGAUGAAGAUGAUGAUGGCAAUAGUUCUUGACCUCAUUCAUAAGAUAGGAAUGGAAUCUUGUGCCUCGAACAUUGCUCAAACAAUAUAAUUGUUUGCAAGUAUGAUUGAUCUCAUUUCUUAGAUGUAUGUGAGUUAGAUGUAACUGAAAGAUCAUUAAUUUAAUUAUUUCACACCAUGGAUUUAUUUAUGAUACAA